UGACAUUGCUGCCAGCAAAACAAGUGGUUAGAAAGCUGCCGGCAGUGCUGUACGCUUAGGAGUCUGAGCUGGGGUGGCGCGGGGUCAUGUUUUCGCUCGGUCUCCUUUUCCUUCUGCAUGUAACAGCAGAGGGUGCCAUUUCACCCAUCUCUUGCUACAAUGACCAAGGGGAGUCCGUGGAUUGGUUAUAUCUAUACAAGCUUCCUCACCACUCACGCUCGCACGCGCCCCGCGACGAGGGGCUGAGGUAUUUGCUGAUGGGCAGAGGGAGCGAGGGAUGGACAGAGGGAGCAGUACUGGUGAACGACAGUACAGGAGCAUUGGGGAGGACAGUUGGGCAGCUGUACGAACAGAACAGUGAAAUGGCCUACGUCCUGUACAAUGACCAGAAACCCAGAGAUGGGGAGGAAACUGGGGCCAGGGGUGUGACGAAUGAGCGGGGUCACACUAAAGGUGUUGUCCUGGUGGAUAAGACACAAGGGUUUUGGCUGGUCCACAGUACACCUCAUUUCCCCCCUAUGAAGGAAAGUGGCAAAUUUGAAUAUCCAAGCUCAGGAGUCACAAAUGGACAGAACUUCAUCUGUGUCACUUACCCAGUGGAAAGAUUCCAGACCAUCGGUGAGCAGCUGCAGAUCAACGAGCCGCUCAUCUACGAUUGCAGCGUCCCUGAAUCCCUGGCCUCUGCCCUGCCAGCCUUGGCUGAGGUGUGUGGGAGGAGCAAACGUGAGCAGGGGAAUGCCAGUCUCUCGCACUCCGCCCUCCUGUCCUCUUACCCGUCCAAUCGCAGCAUCUCCCUCUCUUCUUUGGGUGGAACCAACUUCAUCAGCUUUGCCAAAAGUGCAUCUUUUGCAAACGAUCUGUACCACUCUUGGGUAGCGCCAGCUCUCCAGUCAGACCUGCUGGUCCAGUUUUGGCGCCGGACAGAAGGGGUCCUGCCCUCGGACUGCUCCCAGGGCUGGAAGGUCCUGAACGUGGAGACCAUCUCCCUCGGGGAGCAGGUCAUGUUCAGCUCCACCCUAGACCACUCCAAGUGGGCGGUCAGCGCGGAUCCCGGGGCAGCGGACGGGGAGGGGGGCUGGGUUUGCGUGGGUGACAUCAACAGGAACGAGGCGGAGGAGAAGAGGGGGGGUGGCACAGUGUGCCGGAGGGACGCCACGGUGUGGAAGGCCUACAGGAAUGCCGUGCAGGAGUCUUACCCCUGUAACUGAGCGAGGGCUGAAUCAUUGAUUUUUAAAUAUAUAUAUUUAAUAUAUAUAUUUAACUAUAUCAAC